GUGUUGCAUCAUUUUUCCAGGAUAAGGAAAUGAAGAGCGAUUGUGGCCAUUAAUUCAUUCGUCAUCCAGGCUGGAAAACUGCUAUCACCUACUCUUAACUGCCCCGCGUUAAGGGGAAUUAAACCGUGUGUGACCUCUUUGCCUGACCCUCGGCGGGCGGCAGCGCCGGCUCAAAGCCUGGGACAUGGAGAUGGUGAUUUAUUUAGGUCGUAAGCCACUUGUAGGUCGAUUUGUGUUCAUAUUUUAAUGGGAUCAUCCGAAUAAAGUCACUAUGAAUCAGGGCGUACGUCACGUGGGGCCUGCUGCUAACGCGCACAGUUUCUGUAACAGUGCGUUACAGUUUGGAGUAACGUGCCCGGCUCUGCUCAGCCAAACGCAGUGAAGCCCCUCUGUCCGCUGGCUGUUACUUUUUGUAUUGUGUGGGUAGGAGGAGCCGCUUUCCUGUGAUUGUCUGGCUGCUCUCUCUCUCUCUCCCUCCCUCUCUCUCUCGGCGUGUCUCUUUCCCUCUCUCGUUUUCCCAAAGUUGAAUAUUCCGCUUGCCUGGGAGCUGUCGCCAGCGGAGCGGAGGCACCGGACUGGUAUUUUGCGUUGCGCCGCACUGCUGCGCCCUCUGAAGCAGAUUUGGGGAGAAGGAAGUCGUCAGCAAUAUCCCGACUUGGUUCAUCUGCCCGUUCAGUCUUCCGGCUCCUGUGUUUCUUCCAACUUCAUUUCGGGCUACUUUCAAAAUGACAGAAGAAAAGAGUAUUCGGCAUGUAAAGCUGGUAAUUGGCCAGCUUCCGUGGGAUUUGAUGUCACCUUUAGAUCGGUUCAACUGAAGAUGGAAACACUGGAGUCUGAGCUGACCUGCCCGAUCUGCCUGGAGUUGUUUGAAGAUCCCCUGCUCUUGCCCUGUGCCCACAGCCUGUGCUUUAACUGCGCCCACCGCAUCCUGGUAUCUCACUGCUCUACCAGCAAGCCCCUUGAGUCCAUCUCGGCCUUUCAGUGCCCCACCUGUCGUUACGUCAUCACGCUGAAUCACCGCGGCCUGGAGGGCCUUAAGCGCAAUGUGACGCUGCAGAACAUCAUUGACCGCUUUCAAAAGGCCUCCCUUAGCGGCCCCAACUCCCCCACCGAGAGCCGGCGCCUGCAGCCGCAGCGGCCCUACACCGCCACCAUUAGCGGUACAAUAGCUGGAACGGUUGGCGGUGGCGGUGGUGGCACAAGUGGAAGUAGCGCCCGCAGCAGCCCGGCCACUUCCAGCCACUCCCACCCGCACGCCAACCACACUAAUCACGCCAAUCACACCAACGCAAACCACAGCCCUGCUGUUGUUGCUAAAAUGGAUCCACGCAUCAGCUGCCAGUUCUGCGAACAGGAUCCACCGCGUGAGGCAGUCAAGACUUGUGUCACGUGUGAGGUAUCAUACUGUGACCGAUGUCUGCGCGCGACACACCCCAACAAGAAGCCGUUCACCAGCCACCGUUUGGUAGAGCCGGUACCAGACACUCACAUCCGUGGCUUGACCUGCCUGGAGCACGAAAAUGAGAAGGUCAACAUGUACUGCUUGGUGGAUGACCAGCUCAUUUGUGCCCUCUGCAAGCUGGUGGGACGUCACCGAGAGCACCAGGUGUCCUCGCUCACUGAACGUUUUGAUAAGCUCAAGGCUUAUCAGGUGAGCCCGGGCAGAGUGUCAGAUGCGGUAAUGGAGGCUUCAAAGACAAGCGCUGCGCAAACCCUGGAGAACAACCUGACCAACCUUGUGAAGAGGAACAGUGAACUAGAGAACCAAAUGGCCAAGCUGAUCCAGAUCUGUCAACAGGUUGAGGUGAACACAGCCAUGCAUGAAGCCAAGCUGGUGGAAGAGUGUGACGAGCUGGUGGAGAUCAUCCGCCAAAGGAAACAGGUCAUCGCCGUGAAGAUCAAAGAGUCUAAGGUGAUGAAACUGCGCAAGUUGGCUCAGCAGAUUGCAAAUUGUCGCCAGUGUCUGGAGCGUUCAAGCGCCCUCAUCACACAAGCUGAGCAGAGCCUGAAGGAGAACGACCACGCUCGUUUCCUCCAGACCGCCCGAAAUGUAGCAGAAAGGGUUGCCAUGGCGACAGCCUCCUCCCAGGUACUCAUCCCUGAUGUCAACCUGAAUGAAGCAUUUGACAACUUUGCCCUGGACUUUUCCCGAGAGAAGAAGAUCCUUGAAGGACUUGAUUACCUUACAGCCCCCAACCCGCCAUCCAUAAGAGAUGAGCUGUGCACAGCCUCCCAUGACACCAUCACUGUCCACUGGACGUCAGAGGACGAGUUCAGUGUCACUUCCUAUGAGCUGCAGUACACCAUCUACACUGGCCAGACAAAUUUCAUAAGUUUGUACAACUCGGCAGACAGCUGGAUGAUCGUGCCAAACAUCAAGCAGAACCACUACACGGUGCACGGCUUGCAGAGUGGCACCCGUUAUAUCUUCUUUGUCAAGGCUAUCAACCAGGCAGGAAGCCGCAACAGUGAGCCAGCCCGCCUCAAAACCAACAGUCAACCCUUCAAGUUGGACCCAAAGACUGCCCACAAGAAGCUGCGACUGUCCAACGACUGUCUGACCAUGGAGAAGGAUGAGAGCUCACUGAAGAAGAGCCACACCCCAGAGCGGUUCAGUGGAACAGGCUCCUAUGGUGCAGCUGGUAAUGUCUUCAUUGACAGCGGUUGUCACUACUGGGAGGUUCUGCUGGGAGCGUCCACAUGGUAUGCCAUCGGCGUAGCUUACAAAUCAGCCCCAAAAAACGAAUGGAGCGGCAAGAAUUCAUCCUCCUGGGUGUUCUCACGCUGCAACAACAACUUUAUGGUGCGCCACGAUGGCAAGGAGAUGCUGGUGGAGGCAAGCCUGCAGCUGAGGCGGUUGGGUGUCCUGCUGGACUAUGACAACAACUCACUGUCCUUCUACGAUGCCAUGAACUCCCAGCACAUUCACACCUUUGAAAUCUCCUUCCUCCUGCCUGUUGUACCCACUUUCAUGAUCUGGAACAAGUCGGUCAUGAUACUCUCAGGGCUACCUGUCCCCGAUUUUGUCGAUAGUGUGGCCUCAGAUUUUCAAGAGCAGCAACAGCAGCAGAUGGGCCUGUGCCGACAAGAGUCUCCAUACUUGACGGGGAUGAAGACCUGCCACUAAGAAAGGCCCAGCAAUGGCCGAGCAGAGUCCACUCAGGCGCGGUGACAGGAAGGCUGAUUGGGAAGUGAAAGACAGUGAAUUCUGCUCUAUUCUCUGCAUAAGAGUGGACCAAUUUAGAAAGUGUUGGAAAUAUGCACACCAGUCUGGAAAAAUGUCAGACCUGUUGGUUCGUAGCCACCCGAUGCUUUGCAAAUCCAUCUGUGAAUGGAAACAAAGUCUGUUGACCACAAACGUUAGUAGACCUAAAAUUCAUCUGAGGGCGAGGCCAGACAUCUGGUUUUCUUGACCAUUUAAGGUCUUCCUUUUUCAUUUCUUUUCCUCCUGAUUUGACCCGAGGCAGAAGACCAAGGCGGGAAUUUUCUCAUCAACACUUUACAGUUUGAAGUUACAACAUGUGAACAGUGACAUUAUAUAUAAGUAUAGUAAUACUGUAUCUCACCUGAGAUUUCUUCCUGUUAAACCACAAAGAGUUAGAUUUACUUGAGAGACGCUGCAAGCUGGAUUUUUUUUUUUUUUUGGACUUUUUGACAGAGUAAGGCUCUUUCCCCUUUUCUCCAGUCCUUGUGCUUAGAAUCUACUGGCUUGACCAUUUGCAGAUGUGAGAUUGGUAUUGAUCCUUUCAUCUAAUUCUCAGCAAUUUUGUGUCCCAAAACAUUGAUUUAUUUAUUAUUUUUUUCUUUUUAAUGUGGAUGUGUGUUCUCUGAGUCCACAUUAUCGUGUUGGCUAGAUGCUGCCACCUUGCUAACGUAAAGUUGUAGACUUUUUCUAUUGCAUGACAAUAGGGUGCGUUCAAUUCAAUUCUGGUGUCCCUGUUCAUGUGUUGUACCCUCGGUAACUGUAAGUGGUCGUUGUUAAGAUCUUUGACCCGGCAGUCCUGUAUUGCAGUGUCAGAUUUUAACGAGAACACAGGAGGUAGAUUUGCAUCAUGUGACUACUCAACAUGUAUAAUAAGAGAUUUAUUGAAUAUUAGAGGAAAAGGUGUUAUUUAUGACAAAAAAGAUGGUUUACUUUUAUUAUUAAUCUCAACAUAUUCAUGAUGCACUUUUUAAUUAACACUAUUUCCCCUCUAUGGUAUGAAAGACGAUGCAGUGAGGUGGCAGGGAUGUAAUGGGGAGGGAAAGUGAAAACUAGUAAGCACUACUGCUGGCUGUGUUCACUCAUCCGAAAAUGUACAUGUAAUUAUUUUCCUACUCAUAUUUAGAAAAUUAUUAAAGGUCAAUAACUUUGAGUGGAUAUAAUUCAUAAUCAAAAUGUGUUGUAAUAAAACAGUGUAAACAUUUUUUUAUUUGUUUGUUUUGCUAACACCUCAUCUGGCUCGUUUAAAGAACCUUGCAGUAAAACAGACACUUCUGCUGUAAAGUUAUAGAAGGUUUUUUUUCACUUUGAACACAACCAGUGACUUUCCCUCCCCAUAGCGCUUUUCCAUAGCAUAUAGUAACUUGAUUUUAUUUAGAAAAGGGAUAUGAUUAUGAUGAUCUUUCUGCGAUUUUUAUCAUGAUGAAAUGGUGAUAAACUACUAGCUGUUUUUAAAGUAACAAGUUCACUCUGUUGUGAACUAUUCAGGGAAGGAGGAGGAGGUUUAACACUUUAACUUGCUGUCUGUCACAAUGUCAUGGCAUGAUUGUGUUUUCCUCUGUGAUUUGUUAACACGCACACAUGCACAUACACACACCAACCCACACACGUACGUCAUGUUUUGUUUAGGUUGGCCUCGUCGUGAUAAGUGCAUGAAACAUUGUAAAAUCCCUUACCAGCUGACUGGGUAAUUUUUAGCAGCUCACCAAAUCUUGUUUUUCAUCAGAUACUGACUCACCUGCACAUUUGCUUACAACAGAAUUGACCUUGAACUCUUUUUGUUACCCAUCUAUUCACAUAACAGCUGUGACUGGAUCCUCUGUUUGCUUUUGAUUUGAAUUUGAAGGCCUCGUGUGGGUGACAGUUUAUCUCUGGAUUGAUAUUCAGGUAGCGGCUCUGAUUCAGACAAUCAAAUAUGUAUUAUAGUUUAUGCAGAUUUAAGAAGUUGUGUGGCAGGAAAAAAAUAGAGAUGGAGUGCAACAACGCUUGAGGUCGGGGUUGUGAAUGAGUUUUACAUACCAUCUUGCUAGAUUUGACAACAAAUUAUCUGACAUCUCAUGGCCACUUUCACUCUUUUUACACAUGACCAUGUAUGUACUUAAUGUUGAAUGUCAUGUAACGUUUGUAUUGACAGGUCAUUUGCUAGAAAACCUUGUUACUUAUUGAUGAGUUAAAGCAAAAUCCAGUGAUGUAAAACUCUCAGCUAACGAAAGGUAGUGAAAAUCGCACAUGUCAUGGCCUCCAGGUGUACCUUUCAAACUGCAGUGUUCAUUUAGGUCAACCGUGUGAUGCGUCGGUCCUGAUUGUAUGAUAGAGGUAUCAUUGAUUGCCUGACAGGCAACAGAGAGAAUCCGCAGGUCGAAGGUAACACAGGAGGAGCACCAGUAUGAGGGGAGGGUUAUUUUCUUCCUGUCAGGAAGAUUAGUGAAUGUUACCUGACUUCCAGAUAUCCAGCCAUCUUGUUGAAUAAUGUCGGUCACAGGCUCAAAACAGCUAUGCGUUGAUUUGUGAUGCAGACUGACAAGCUCAACUCAUCUGUGCAAGUGUGCUUGGCCGGGUCACUGCAUGAUUAUGUGACCUUGCUGCAGGUUCAUAACUUUUUCCUUAUCUUCAUGAUGGGGUUUCUUAUCAUGUGUGGAGCAUAUUCUCUCUCUUUUUUUUUCUCUCUUUGCAAAAAAAAAAAAAAAAGAAAAAAAAAAAACAUGACAAGAACACUCAGACACAAAAUGUUCAUUGCCAUGCAUAUCAGAUAGUUUGCAGUGCUCUUUCUUUUUUUGUGUCACAAGUCAAUACAGUAAAAUAUAUACAGUGAAUGAUUUUCAAUAGCUACCCACUCCUUGUAGUGCAGUGUAAUACCUUAGAGACAAUGCAAUAGAUCCUCCUUUUUUGCGUUUACAUUUGUGUAACUUGGGGAAUUAUUUUUUACAACUCAUGAGAAACACGCUCCUCUCCUUUUGGCACUUGGACUUUGAUAAACAGCACAAAAAGAGCAGCAUUGCAUUCGUGCAAAGCUUCCUGUUUCCAUAGAGAGAUAAUUUUAGCCAGAGAAGAAUGGAAAUCAUAGGGGGAAAUAUAUAUUAUAUAAAGUUGUAUAAUAUACAAAAUAUAUAUGAACCAAUGUUAUUUAUGUGAAUUUAAGUCCAAUUAAAAGUCUGAUCUCAAA